AUGACUAAAAGCAAUGGAGAAGAGCCCAGAAUGGGGGGCAGGAUGGAGAGAUUCCAGCAAGGAGUCCGUAAACGCACACUCUUGGCCAAGAAGAAAGUGCAGAACAUCACAAAGGAGGAUGUUAAAAGUUACCUAUUUCGGAAUGCUUUUGUGCUGUUCACUGUCACCGCAGUCAUUGUGGGUACAAUCCUUGGAUUUAGCCUCCGACCAUACAGAAUGAGCUACCGGGAAGUCAAGUACUUCUCCUUUCCUGGAGAACUCCUGAUGAGGAUGUUACAGAUGUUGGUGUUACCACUUAUCAUCUCCAGUCUUGUCACAGGAAUGGCUGCCCUAGAUAGUAAGGCAUCAGGGAAGAUGGGAAUGCGAGCUGUAGUCUAUUACAUGACUACAACCAUCAUUGCCGUGGUGAUUGGCAUAAUCAUUGUCAUCAUCAUCCAUCCCGGGAAGGGCACAAAGGAAAACAUGCACAGAGAAGGCAAAAUUGUACAAGUGACAGCUGCAGACGCCUUCCUGGACCUGAUCAGGAAUAUGUUCCCUCCAAACCUGGUAGAAGCCUGCUUCAAACAGUUUAAAACCAACUAUGAGAAGAGAAGUUUUAAAGUGCCCAUCCAGUCCAAUGAAACGCUUGUGGGUGCUGUGAUAAACAAUGUGUCAGAGGCCAUGGAGACUCUUACAAGGAUCACAGAGGAGUUGGUUCCUGUUCCAGGGUCUGUGAAUGGGGUCAAUGCGCUGGGACUAGUUGUCUUCUCCAUGUGCUUUGGAUUUGUGAUUGGAAACAUGAAGGAACAGGGGCAGGCCCUGAGAGAGUUCUUUGAUUCUCUUAAUGAAGCCAUCAUGAGACUGGUAGCAGUGAUAAUGUGGUACGCCCCUCUGGGCAUCCUCUUCCUGAUUGCAGGGAAAAUUGUUGAGAUGGAAGACAUGGGAGUGAUUGGAGGACAGCUUGCCAUGUACACGGUGACAGUCAUCGUUGGCUUACUCAUUCAUGCAGUCAUUGUCCUGCCCCUCCUCUACUUCUUGGUAACGCGGAAAAACCCUUGGGUUUUUAUCGGGGGGCUGCUGCAAGCACUCAUCACAGCUCUAGGAACCUCCUCCAGCUCGGCCACCCUACCCAUCACCUUCAAAUGCCUGGAAGAAAACAAUGGCGUGGACAAGCGGGUCACCAGAUUCGUGCUGCCAGUAGGGGCCACCAUUAACAUGGAUGGGACUGCCCUCUAUGAGGCUUUGGCUGCCAUUUUCAUUGCUCAAGUUAACAACUUUGACCUGAACUUUGGACAGAUCAUUACAAUCAGCAUCACAGCCACAGCCGCCAGUAUCGGGGCGGCCGGGAUCCCCCAGGCCGGCCUCGUCACCAUGGUCAUCGUGCUGACCUCCGUGGGCCUGCCCACCGAUGACAUCACACUCAUCAUCGCGGUGGACUGGUUCCUGGACCGCCUCCGCACCACCACCAACGUGCUAGGAGACUCCCUGGGAGCUGGCAUUGUGGAGCACUUGUCCCGACAUGAACUGAAAAACAGAGAUGUUGAAAUGGGUAACUCAGUGAUUGAAGAAAAUGAAAUGAAGAAACCGUAUCAGCUGAUUGCCCAGGAAAGCGAAUCAGAGAAACCUAUCGACAGUGAAACCAAGAUGUAGACUAAUAUAAAGAAAGGCUUUCCUGAGCACCAGGUGUUUGAAAACCGUUAUAAAUGCUUCCAUCUCAUUACAACUCCAUCUUUUCAGUAAGCCCCUUACCUCCCUUUUCCUUGCUACUCUGAUAGGAUUGGGAAGUAGUCCUCCAAAACAAGAGAGGGGUUUGCAGCAGCCAAAAGACACAGUUUUCGUCCUGCUUUUGAAAUUUUUAAAUCAUGUCAUGUUAGUCUUACCUAAUAAGGUACUGAGAUAAAAAAUGGUCUUAAUCAGAUCCCACAAGCUUAUGUGGCACACAAUGUGUAAGUUAAAGAGUCAAACAAAUAGUAAGCUAAAAACAUGCUUUUAAAUCAACUUCCCAAAUUUAAAAAUUCUUUAAAAUAAAAUUCAUUUUUUAGUUCCAAAAUGAAACAACUUGAUAAACUACCAUCAGCUAUCAGUUGGACAACAGUAGGGGUUUUUUUUCUUCCUCUUCUGAUUUGUGUCCUUAUUAGUAGCAGGACAAUAUGAAUAUACACUUAGCACAGGGGGCACAUAAAGUGAAAUUUCUGUGUGGCCAUGGGCAAGUUACAUCUCAUUUCCAGGCCUCAGUGUUCUCAUCUGCUAAAUGAGUCGGUUCCCUAGAUGCCUUGUGGUAUCUUCUAGCCAAAACAUCUGUGGCAUCAUGAGAGAGCCUGCCUUCUAUCUCCUCUUGGAACACCCUGAAGCAAGUGUUGUAACAUGGAGCAUGGGAUUUUCAAAAAGGAUAUUUAUUGGGAAUGAACGUUUCUUAGUAAGGGUGGGAUGGCUGUGUGGUUUACUAGGUCCAAUGUCCAAAAAUGUCCCUUAUGCAAGUCACCAGGCUGGAGACCAAUCUAGGAGUGGAAUUAUUCACAAAACUCUGCUCAGUUCUUCCCAAAAAGGGUUCCCUUUUUUCCUGCCCUUCCCAAACUGAAGGGACUCUCUGGGAAGGAUGUCUCUUACAAAUCCUCAACUGAUAAAGGACUUUUAGAAAAUAAAAUGUAAGACCAGCAAGUAUGCUUAUGGUCUUACUAUGGGACACUAAAGAACUAGUAGGGAAGAAUGGAGCAUAGUUCACAUAGAGGAUUUUAAAACACCAAGAUUACAGGUCAUCUUUAAAGAAUAAUUUUUUAAAAGAGAGGUUCAUUUUUUUUUUUACCUGAAAACACUUUCUCUUCAGUUCAAAGUCAUUCCCCAAGGAAACCUGCAUACCAAAAUAUAAGAUCACUCCUUCUAUAUUUUAAAGACAAAUGAAUGAGCUCUCUCUUUAAUAGAUGUCUGUGAGCUGAAUGCGAGAAACAAGAUAUUUCUUUGUGUUGGAAUUCCACUUACCAAAACAUACAAAACCUUCAGUUGGAGUGAGGUUUGGUUCUGUUUUGUUUGUGUCCCUGAGAGAAAUGGUAGAUGAAUCAGUAGGAAGACACUGUCAAUGUGGUUCCAAGAAAAAAACAGCAGGGGCAUUAGCUUGAGGCAAGGCAGCUCGCAGGUUUAGAGGAGAUUAGUUUUGUACCCACAAGGAACAGCCAGUCAAGUACACAGAAUGGGAGCUGUCUGACAAUACCAGCUGUGUUUGAGUUUCUGAGCAAAAAUGGUGAAAAAUGGACUUAAUUACACUAACAGACUGAAAGCCUAGACCCUCUGAUAUACAAUUAGAUAUAUUUUUAUAUAGAUCCUGAGCAUAUGUGUGUACAAAAGUUAAUGUUAGGCUGUGGUGGAGUAACAUUUGAUCUCAAGGCUCUAUUUGGG